AUAGUCCCGUAAGACUGCGUUCAGGGUCCUUGUAAACAAAACAGAUGACUACUUGGCGCGGGAAAUUUUUCCUUCACGCGCUGUGAUCGAGCUGUAGGGAGUUCCAGGACUGAAAGCCACAUCGUCGGUAUUUGGUGUACCAUGGGAGACAUGCAGCAUCCUGGUCCGGGAAUCGGCCAUCCAACCCAGAAGAGAGACGACUACCUGGAGUGGCCGGAGUACUUCAUGGCUGUCGCCUUCCUGUCAGCCCAAAGGAGCAAAGACCCAAACUCACAGGUGGGCGCCUGCAUAGUGAAUCCAGAGAAUAAGAUCGUGGGCAUCGGCUACAACGGCAUGCCCAACGGCUGUGAUGAUGACCUGCUACCCUGGUCUCGAACUGCUGAGGACCGGCUUGACACCAAAUACCCUUAUGUGUGCCAUGCAGAGCUGAACGCCAUCAUGAACAAGAACAGCUUUGACGUGAAGGGAUGCACCAUGUACGUGGCCUUGUUUCCAUGCAACGAGUGUGCCAAGCUCAUCAUCCAGGCAGGUCUGAAGGAAGUGGUUUACCUGUCAGACAAAUACCAUCAUACACCUGAGAUGACUGCUUCCAGAAAGCUCCUCGGCAUGGCAGGAGUACAGUUCAGGCAGUUCAAGCCCAAGAAGACGGAGAUCAUCAUUGAUUUUAACUCCAUUAAUGACUGUGGAAGGGUGAACGCUGCAGAGAAGUAAAGGUGAACCUGAAUGAGGAAAGAGAAAAGAGCCAGGCUGUUUUCUUCAGGGGAAAAGUUUGCCGUCCUUCCUCAUCUUUUAUAUGUUCCCAGCAGGAAGUUUUAGAUGCUUCACACGGACCGCUUCGCUGGGUCCAGGAACGUACGAGGCUCCUGUACGAACUGUCUGAUAUUUUAAUCAGAAACAAAGACUCUUUCCUGACGCUCCAAGCUGCUGCAGACUUCCUGUUUCCAGAAUCUGGAUAAAUGAAUGUUUAGUAACUUUUUAGAGAUCUAACUUGCUAACCCUGACACCUGGUGUGAUUUUCAGCUGGUAUCAUAUUUCUAAAUGCCGUCUCCAUUCUCAGUUUCACCUUUGAGCUUAAUCCCACAUGUCUGUAAAGCUUUAUGCCAUCAUUUUAAAUGUGGGCUGUACUGGGGACGGCUGUGGAGGUAAUCCAUGCAGUAAUGUCUUACUGUGGUAUGCCGGGGAAAGUCAGACAUUUUAUCACAGUUAAGUUUUUGUUUUUAUUUUAAUACCAAUAAUUUUUUACAGAAACAUGUUUGUACAGAAAACUGGAGACACUUCCUUCUGUUAGCUGAUCAUUUACUGUGGAUGUCUGCAGUCUGUCAACCAUGUCAGCUGUGUGUUUAAGUACAAUAAAUCUGGGAUCACA